AUGGCUUCUGGUUUUGACAAAGCCUAUUACAUGACAGGCGAAAGUUCAGCAUCUGUAUCGCAGACCUAUGAGUACAAAUCUUCUUCGCACAAUGUAGCAGUAACUAAUCGAAGGCAAUCAAUCUCUUUCGGUGUCAGCAUCACGUCAUCACUGCCACAUCGGCAUUGCUCGCCGCAUUGUCCUGUCACAAAUGUGCUCACUAGUGGUACUACCUCAGGUGGAGGUGCUCCCGUGAUUUCGAGGCGUCGUUCUCGGGGAAGACAGUCUAGAACCAGACGACAGUGUCGUGAUCCAGACAUCACACAUGCUGCCGACUCCUCAACAACAUCCAUAAAUCGGCGAAACAGGCCUGAGCGUAGUCGAAGCCUUCAUGGCACACGAAGACGUGAAAGCCGAGAUAGUCGAGGCAGAAAUCGAAACAUCUCCUCAUUACGUCAAGUAGGUGAAAAUUCUGCUAACAAGUCUGGUGGUGUAACUCGAGUCCAUGGUUCAGAAGCGUCACGGCCAAGAAGUCGUGGGAAACUGAGCUCACGACCAGCCCGCUUGCCGAAAAAAACGAAUGGAAGUGUUUCAGAGACUGGACCCAGCAGUAAUACCAGAUCAACGAAAAAGGCUAGAUGUCAAGAUGCCCGGCAAAAGAGCCCUCCUAGCAAAGGUUCGUAUAAAUAUUGUUCGCAUUAA